AAUCAAAUCGUAUAAUCGUAAGAUUCUAUCGACAUGCAUAAUCAAGACGACAUAUUCAAAUUUAAUUAAAUAUAUUAUAAUUAUGAGUUUGAAACCUAAUUAUUAAUAGAAAAUAGUUGUUUACUCAUUAAGCAACCAAUAAUUGACAAUAUAUAGUUAUAAAUAACUACAUAGGCAUGUUUUAAACUUGUAAGGAUUUCGCUAGUUAAGAGAAAUAUAUAAAAUCGGCUAGAAUCGUAAAUCGAAUUGUAUGACAUACAUGAAUCGUAAAAUCGUAAGAUUCUAAGAUUUAAAUUGGGAUUUUAAUAACAAUGAACUCGUAUUUAAAAAAAAAAAGAAAAAAAUCGUGCAACGCAUAAGGCAAACCAUGGUUAUACUGUAGUGUUGACUUCUUAAUUCUCUUCAAUGUUUUCUCAAUCGACUCAAAAGAAUAUGAUUCACACCUGAAAUUAAUUUUACUCAAUCCAAACACAAAAAGACGUCCCAAUAAAACCAUUGUUUUGUACAAAACCAAAACAAAAUUAAUGCCAUCAACGUAACUAUCGCUUCACCGAAAUCAUAAAAUAGUAUAAUCCGAACAACUUAUACAACCAAUGCAGUUUGUUUCCUUUAGACUUUGUAACGAAGUUCUCUUUGUCAAACAGCAGCAGCAACAACAACAACAACAACAACACCAAAAAACAAAAAACUCACAUAACACUUCCGAACUAUCAACUAUGAAGGUCAAAUCGAGUUAAGACUUACAUGAGUAAAAUCAUAAUCACAACUUGUUAAGCAAAGUUACUAAACAAUCUUGAAAACCAUUUCUCAGCUUUUGGAGGGCUUUAGAGUUCAUCAAAUUUAGUUUAAGAGACGCUAAAGUUCACUGACAUUCUAUUACUUUUCUUCUUCCCUUUAAACUCUACUCCAAAAUUUCGCAACAAUGGUGGUUUCCAUUGAAGAUAAUCAGCCGUCUUCUUCAAAUAAUGUAGGUGGGAGUGAUGAUUGUUUCUUGGUUGUGGAAUUGUCUGAAGAUGACCCUUUGUUUGAAAAGAAGCUUAAAUUGCUUAAAGAUAAGGGAUUUGGUCCAAGUGACAGUGUAUACCUGCAGAAGACUUUAGUUCCUCAUAGUCUGAGAGUCAAGUUGGAUGCCUUGCUUGAGAGAGCUCGGAUAAUCCACUUGAAUGAGACGGAGCUUUAUUUUGGUGCUAGUGCUUUAGAUGAGGGUAUAACAGAAGAAUUUUACAGUCCUCGGAAUGAGUUAGAGGCUCUCAAUUGUGUCCUCUCUCUAGUUGAUCAUUAUAGUGGGAAAAGUGAUGUGACUAAUGCUUCACUGAAAGCUCUACGAGUUGCAAUUAUCUCAAGAAUUUGCAAUUUUGGGAACAAAAAUAAAUUGGAAACAGAGAUUGUAAAGGAAGCAUGUAACAGUGAGAAGCAUCUUAUGAGUUGGGCUGAAAGCCAUGGUCUCAUAUCUAAGCUGCAGAUAGCUUAUGUUGAAGGAGCUGGGAGAGGAGUACUGGCAACAGAAGACCUUGGGGUUGGAGACAUAGCUCUGGAGAUACCUAUUUCUGUUAUUAUCUCAGAAGACCUUGUCUAUGAAUCUGACAUGAUUCAUAUUUUGGAAAAGAUAGAUGGCAUUUCCGCUGAAACUAUGUUGUUGUUGUGGAGUAUGAGGGAGAGGCACAACAUUGACUCGAAGUACAAAUUCUACUUUGAUGCACUUCCCGAACAGUUUAAUACUGGAUUGAGCUUUGGUGUGGAGGCGACGAUAACUUUGGAUGGAACCUUGGCCUUAGAAGAGAUAUUACAAGCGAAGCAGCAUUUGCGUUCUGAAUAUGAUAAGUUGUUUCCUGCUCUCUCUGUGAGUUUUCCUGGUUUAUUCUCACCAGAGUUCUACACAUGGGAGCAGUACCUAUGGGCAUGUGAGCUAUGGUACUCCAAUUCCAUGAAAAUUAUGUUUCCUGAUGGAAAGCUGAAGACAUGUUUGAUCCCUGUUGCAGGUUUCCUAAACCACUCUGUUUGCCCACAUAUUCUGCAUUAUGGAAAAGUAGACUCGGUGACAAACACACUCAAAUUUCCUCUCUCAAGACCGUGCAAUAGGGGCGAGCAAUGCUAUCUGAGCUAUGGAAAUCUAUCUAGUUCUCAUCUGCUCACCUUCUAUGGGUUUGUACCACAAGAACUGAACUUGUGUGAUAUUAUCCCGCUUGAUAUUGAAGCAGGCCCAGACUGCUCUUCUGAGGAAGGCUGUCAAGAUUCUACCACACACAUGGUUCGGGGUACUUGGCUUUCAGUUUUAACCAGCCAAGGCCUCUUUUACUAUGGACUGCCAUCACCACUUUUAGAGCAUCUACGGAAUGCUGUGAAUCCUGGCUUGCAUACUAUGACACUGUUGCAAGAAAGCUUGGAAACUGAGAUGAUGGUUCUUGAUGACCUUUAUGCGAUUUUUGAUGGCAUGAUGAAAAGACUUGAUGACUCAGUGCUGGAAGACAGGUUAAGUGAGAAGUGGGAUGUACAAUUAGCAAUACAGUACAAAGAUUUGCAGAGAAACAUUGUUUCUUCUAUAUUGACUGCCUGUCAAGCUGGACGGAAAAUGGUGACACAUGAACUCAAGAGAUGCAUGGAUGAGGACAUUGAUGGCUAGCUGUAGCUUCAGGUAGAACGAGUGCUCCUGCUGUUUUUCUGCUUAUCAUCAGUGUGAAUUUCAGCUUCCCUUGGACCCAUAUACUCGCCCUGUAUGUCCGUUUUUGUUUGUAAUUUUAGCAUAAGUAGCAAAGAUAGUAUACCUAGGUAAAGGCACUGUAAGAUUGUAAGUUCGUAACCCAUGGUCAAAAUUUGCCCUUCACCAAUUUUGUUCUGGACCUUCCUCAUUUGAGGCAUAUAAUCUGGUAUAAGUGUAUUGUGUAUUACUGAAAGAGUGAAAACAGAUUAGUUCUGAAUACCAAGAAAUUUACUUUGAAA